CAAACCUAUCAUUCUUUUUUCUCCCCUUCGUUGUUCUCUCGAGCAAAAGAACGCAAUUACAAAGCUCCUAACGUCUGCACGUGUCUUGUCAAAUUACGUGCACUUCUUUUUCUUCAUUCAAUCGAGCGGCUCAAACGCUUCUAGUGAUCUGGCUUCUUAUACAUACAACCUCUGCUUGUUGAAUCAUGUCACCAGCCAAUCAACAGCAGCAAUCGAGAUCAAUAGCAGCAAAUGAACAUGAAGCGACGAUACAAUGGCUAAAAGAUAACUACCGAGAGUGUGGUUGGACUUCCGUUGGCAGUUCCGCUAUUCCUGGAGUUCCUCGAGCUAGUAUAUAUGAGCGCUAUCAGCAGCAGUAUAGUCAACAGCGGACAGCUGCUCAACCUCCAGUGAACUCUGCAACGUUUGGCAAGCUUGUACGAUCUGUCUUUACAAAUAUCAAGACGCGUCGGCUGGGCAACCGAGGACAAUCAAAGUACUAUUACUGUGGCAUUAAAGAGAUCGACGCGCCUGCCCAAACAGCACCGGCGUCAACGGAGAGUCAUGAUGAUCAGAUGAUCAUUGAUACCGAUCACGAACAAAUCACAGAACCAUCAACGCAACAACAACACGACACCAGCAUUAUUGACUUGAUUCCUCCUUUAACAAUGUCACCAUCACUGCAGCUCAAUCCGCAAGCAGAAGAGUUAGUCCAGAGAUAUCGCCAGCAUUGUAACCAGAUCCUUCAUCUAAUCGAUACACACAAAAAUUAUAUAUCACGGCACGUUUACUAGAUCAGAAACCCCAUAAUAACAUUCUACGACACCACGGUGCCUCACGAUAUCGUUGAAUUUUUACGAUCUAACGGCUCUGACCUCAUCGAGACAAUAUGCAGCUGGGAUUGUGUCUUUUACGAUGUAUUGAUUUCUCUAUAUUAUCCUACGAUCGAU